AUGAAGCGUGCCAAAGAAUCCGACCAAACUUCGAAUGACGCGGGAUCGUUGCCUAAGACGUACAAACCUAAGACUCAAGCUGAAGGUGUAAAAGUCGGAAACAAAGGCAAAGGCAAAGAGGAAGUGAUUAAAGUACACAGAACUCAAACAUGGCAUGGAUAUGCGUUUAGAAAGCGAAAAUGGAGAUUAAAGACUUUUGGGAAAUAUUGUCCGUUGGUAUCUGCUAUUUUCGCUCCUUUAUCUACUUUGCUGGAUAUACCUGCCCUGACACAACAUUGGUAUGCUCGUGAUGGAACUCCGCAACCGGAUCCGAAAGCAUGUCUGGUGCUAUCAGCUGUUGGUCUAGCUUUGAACAUCGUCGCGAACAUUUUAUUGGUUAUGAGAUUCUCUGCAAAGUCGAAAUGGUGGUGGAAGCAUUCGACCAGGUGGUCCCUUAUAUGCUGGCUAGGGAAGACCAUCGUAGCAGUAAUCAACCUGAUCAUUUUCGGUAUUCUGACGCGUAACAGUGAAGGAUGGGCAUAUCUAGAAGGAUUCUGGUGUGCGAUAAUAUCGAUAAUCGACGCUGGCAUCAUAUCCAUCACCUUGCUAUUUCAUUACUUCUUCGCAUUCGGGUACGAACAGCAAGAUCAAUCUGAUAUUCGAUCCGAAGGUCGUCGAUUCAUGCUAUCCGUCACUGCGUUCAUAUCAAUCCUUGCAUUUCAAUCUCUCGUCUUCUCCCGUAUUGAACAUUGGUCUUACUCUGAUGGAAUCUAUUUUUCGACUCAAGUUGCUUUGACUAUCGGAUAUGGCGAUUUCGCGCCUACCACUUCAGCGGGCAAAAUUUUAGUCUUCCCUUUCUCUGUCCUGACGAUCAGCCAACUAGGUAAUGAGAUUGCUCAGAUCAUUGGGUUUAUUAGUGCAAGGGCGGAAGAUAAAAGAGAGAAAUGGAGAAAGAAGUAUGAAUCUGCCAUGCAUCGAGAAGCGAAUAAGAUUAGACCAAGGGCGAAUUUGACAGAGGAGAUGGCCCUUAUCCAUCAAAUCAAUCAAAGAGAAGAGCUUACGAGCCAGAUGUACGAUUUAUUCUGGAGUGCGCUGUCACUUAUCAUUUUCUGGUUGCUAGGCGCAACCAUGUUUUCACAGAUCGAAGGGUGGCCUUAUGGUGAUGCCAUCUACGUUGUCAUGAUUUUAUCCUUAACAAUAGGUUUUGGCGAUUUCACACCCGUUCAACCUGCUGGGAAAGUGGUAUUCAUCGUCUACGCUCUCAUGGCUGUACCUAUCGUUACUUCGUUUGCGGUUCAGACCAUCACAGGUUUGCUCAGUACGUACUCUGAAAGAGGUGCAGCAAGAGAAGCGUUUCUUGUCGAACAGCGUCGAAGACCUGAAGCGUUCGCUCCUCACGCCGAUCUCCUUCUAAGAUACCAUGAAUCGUAUGAUCGGAUGAGGGGUAGAGAAGAUGCAACCAAUUUUACUGUAACGGGCCGAAGGAAAGAUCAAUCUCAGCAUCUUGAACAUGCCGAAGAGGAAUUGAGGGAUGAUUGUGAUCGAGCGAAAGAAAUCAUCGAUAAAAGAGAGGAAGAAGCUAGAGAUUGGGAAAGGAACAAAGUAGAACAACAAGAAAGCCCUAUAACAACGGAAUCGAACCAUAAGAGGCAGAGGGAAGAUACAGCGAAAACUCUCGUGGAGCAUGAAGUAAUAUCCAAAUCGAGCCCAAACUCGGAGCAAGACGAAACAGGCGAGCGACAGCUAGAAAUUGAUCUGUUGAAACAAUUACUUAGGAAGAUCAUUCAACUUGAGGCGGAGGCUCGACAGAUGUUAUUGGAUAGUAUGGAUAAGGGUGUCGCUAGGACUUUGCUGUUGGCUGAUCGGAAUGUACAAGCGAGAGACGUGAGAGCCCUGCGGGAAGACGAUCAAGAUGUAUUAGCGAUAUGGCAAGGCGAAUCUGAGCAAACCGAUCGCUCGAAACAACAAGCUGAUAGAGCUAUCGAGAGCCGUCACAAUCCUGAUUCUAGUGUGACUAAUAAUGAAACUUCACCUGCACAGUCGAAAGGACAAUUGGAUAUGUUGUCUCGAGUGAGAAGGUAUCGAAAUACCUUUGCGGAGAUAUUGGUCGUAGGAAGUAUAUUACAGAGAUUGGAAGGUCAGGAGAAAGAGAGGUUCGAAAGAUGGCGAGCGCAAGAUGAAGAUAGUCUACCAGAUGAGGGACAAGAAGAAGCCGAUGGCGAUGGUGAGGGAGCGGCCGAUAUUGAUAAACUUGCGGAUCAUAAAUGGGAUGGGUUGACUUUCAGGAUAUAUAAGCGAUGGGCGAGGAAGGUUAGGGAGAAGGAUAUACAUAAGUGGGAGACUGUUUGA